AGAAACAACAACAACAAAAAUGGAACCAGCAACAGGUGCCAAUAACAACAAAGACCAAAUCGUCGACGUCCGCUCCGUCGUCGAAGCCGUCUCUGCCGACGACUCCUCCGACGCCCCUCUCUACAAAGUCGAAAGCCUCUGUAUGCGUUGCGGCGAAAACGGCACAACUAGUUUCUUGUUCACUGUUAUCCCAAACUUCAGAAAGAUUUUGCUCUCGGCUUUCGAGUGUCCGCAUUGCAAUGAGAGGAACAAUGAGGUUCAGUUUGCCGGUGAGCUUCAACCCAAGGGCUGUACCUACCGCUUGGAGGUGCCUUCCGGGGAUCCCAAGAUGCUUAAUAGACAAGUGGUGAAAUCUGAGUUCGCUACUAUCAAGAUUCCUGAAUUGGAGUUUGAGAUUCCUCCAGAGUCUCAGCGUGGAUCUUUGUCAACGGUGGAAGGGAUAUUAUUACGAGCAGCAGAUGAGUUGCAGGCACUUCAAGAAGAACGCAAGAGAGUGGAUCCUCAAACCGCUGAAGCUAUUGACCAAUUUUUGUUAAAGUUGAGAGCAUGCGCAACAGGAGAUUCAUCUUUCACUUUCGUUUUGGAUGAUCCUUCUGGAAACAGCUUUAUUGAGAACCUGUUUGCUCCAUCCCCCGAUCCAUCACUAAGUAUCAAAUCUUAUGAGCGAACUCCGGAGCAACAAUCAGUGCUAGGGUAUGUUGUUGACUCAUCACAAACAGGACAUGCUCAUGAUAUAGCAGCAACAAAUCCAAUUGGUCCUGAUCAGGAGCAAAGAGUACCACAUGGCUCAAUUGGUGCAGCAGCUGGUCAUCGAGCCAUUGCCCAGAGUAAUACUGUGGAAAUUUCUGAAGCUUUGUUUCGAUACUCUGCACCAGAGGAGGUGAUGACUUUCCCAUCAACGUGCGGAACUUGUACUGCAAAGUGUGAGACUCGAAUGUUUGUCACCAACAUCCCAUACUUCCAACAAGUAAUUGUCAUGGCAUCCACUUGUGACGCCUGUGGUUACCGCAAUUCUGAGUUGAAGCCUGGUGGAAGAAUUCCUGAUAAAGGGAAGAAAAUUACUCUUUGUGUAAAGAAUGUUAAGGAUCUUAGUCGUGAUGUCAUAAAGUCGGAUACUGCAGGUGUGAAAAUUCCAGAGCUUGAGUUGGAGCUGGGUAGUGGGACCCUCGGAGGCCUUGUUACGACUGUUGAGGGGUUGAUUACAAAACUUUGUGAAAGUCUGGAGAGAGUGCAUGGAUUUUCUUUCGGAGAUAGUCAUGAUGAAAACAAGAAAAGCAAGUGGUUAAACUUCACAGCAAGCCUAAAUAAGCUUCUGAGUUUAGAAGAGCCUUUUACAUUAAUUCUUGAUGACGCAUUGGCCAACUCUUUCAUUGCACCUGUGACUGAUGAUAUGAAAGAUGACCACCAGCUAUUGUUUGAGGAGUAUGAGCGGUCAUGGGAGCAGAACGAGGAAUUGGGUCUGAAUGACAUCGAUACCUCUUCCGCUGAUGCUGCAUAUAUCACUCAGGAGAUGGAGGCAGCAGACAAGACAGGUGUAAAUUAAUUUUUAGAACUGUGCCUCUUCCCAUUUUUUCUGGGCGGAAAGGGGAUGCUGUUGUGCAAUAGUAUUGUGUUAGCAAUUUACUUAUGUAGGUCUAAUGCAGCCUGUGGAAUAAUGUAUUCGAUCUUUGUUUAUGAAUUGAAUAAUCCAUUCCGAGUCGUGCCUUUCUGGGACUAUAUUUUG